GUACCUGGAGUUGAGGCCAGACCUAGAGUUAUUCACAGUAGGGUUCUAUUGAAGUGAUCUCCCUGCCUUGGAGAUAAUGGUGUACCAAAUUCUGGUGUUAAUUGGCAUUUUAAGCCAUCGUGCAAGGUCCUACAUAUUGUUGCAGCUUCCCUAUGUUGCUCCAAGGUACCAGAGGGGUGGUGAGCCUCUGUCCUCACAUAGGACACAAAGUUUGGCUUUGGAGUCUUUGCAUAGUCUCCAACCCUUCCUUACAGGUCAUGCUCCUGUUCCAGGUGGAACCCCUCUGCUCCCCAACACAACUGGUCUUCCCACCUUCGUUCUAGCCUGACUGCUGUGUCUACAAUGCCUGCCCUGUCCUUUAUGGCUUGCAAAUCCUUUAACCUUGUCGAAAACAUUGUCCAUCUUACUAGGUCCCUUCCUUUGUAUCUGGGCUGAGCCUGAAGCACAGACAUUUUAUUCACUAACCUACAGGAAAAAGGACUGUUUGAUAAACACGUUGUGAAAGCCCAUCAAGUUCCAGUUGAGAGACAGGAGUUGUCUACCUUAUUUCUCAGCCCACCAGACACACUGAAGUCUGCCUGGAUCACUCUUGAAGCCCUCUAGAUUCUGCCAGUGCAUGCCAUUGGCCCUUCUAGGUCACAGGGUCUGUUUUCUGUACAAAGCAAUGAACCCUUGUCAGGAAGGGCCUGGUAGGUACCUGACCAGAUUUAGAUCCCUGCUCAUUAACUCAAGCGUUUGAUGGUAUGGGUGUUACUUCAACUCCCUAAUCUGUCUCAGCAGUCCUCUCUGGGACUAUGGUAAUCUUGCCCUUAAGGUCUUCAGCACCACUUGGGUUUUGGUGACUUCAGGGAAAUGAAACGCCCCUCCCAGUGGAUAGCCAGGCAGGGGAGUUUUAUUCAGAAAGGAUGAGGUAAGCCUCCCUGGGUUGUCCGUAGCAUGUGUUAUUUCUUCUAGCUACCAGAGCAGAGCAUCCUUCCUCACUAGAGCAAGUCUUGUGCUCCCCCCUUGCCUGGGGAAUGUAGGAGCACAAGACCUGAGCUGCUCCCUGCCUUACAUUGUGGUUGGUGUUUUCAACUUUUCCAAAAAGCAUUCUGAAGGAAUUUCUUGAAGAAGGAGCCUAAUAUUGUGUUGAUGAGAGAAGCCAGGGUGAGUAUAUGGCCAUGGAGUAGACAGGUUUUGUGGAGGUACACCUGGCCUUCUAGAGUGUAGGCCUUCAUGUGAGGUGAUAUACUUCAGCCAAGUCUGGAAGACCCACUUGGGUAGCCCAGGGAAGGCUUAUGUGCAGAGGUGGGCCCAGCACUGGAGAAUCACAGACCUUCCUGGAAUCCACACACAUCCUUGGCCCUGAAGCCUGAGGCUUCUCUCCCUAAGUGUCUGUCUCCAUGUUGUGGUCUUGGAGGGAAUGUCCACUUCAAGCUGGGGGUGAGGGUGAGAAUCUGGGGGAUGACUGAAGAGGGGAGGGCUGUCCACAAAGGCAGUGAGUCAAAGGUUAAGAGUCUGGGCUCCUCAAUGAUAUGUGAUGGCAAUGUCCAGCAUUGCAGCCCAGGCACCUAGCUAGGCUUUUAUCCCAGGAAUUGCUGGAACAGGCCAGUUCUAAGUAAGGUAGGUCAUAACUCCUCUCAUUACCCACCUCUGAGAUAGGCUACACCUCACUCACCUCCCAGAGCAGUCCAAGCUCCUUAGUGCACCAAGCCUCCCUAGACUGGGUCCUACUACCUCUUGGUUAAGGCUGCACUUGGCCACUGCCACAUACAUGUGCACACAUUUUGCAUUAUUCCGGGCCUUUGUCAAGUCUUCAACCCCUAAAUUCUUCCCUCUAAUACAGACUCAGUUCACAACCCCUUGUUUUUAAAAGUUACCUGGCAUCCCACCAUAGCGCCUACCUCUGCUCUGGCCUCUAUUCAUAUACGCUGAGCUUGGCUGCCAUCACCCUAGUUGAACCUGGUUUCCUAUGACCUGAACUGUUUUCAUAAAUACAAGUUUCAGGAUAGCCCCAGUCUCAUUAUUUAGAGGGGAAACAGACCCAGAGAGCCUACGUAGGUCUCACCAGCUCACAGCAGGCCAGUCUUGGCCCGAUUUCUUCUGCCUGGCCUCUAAGGGACACUUGCUAAAGCUGACCUGCCCCCUUUCCCUUCAGGUGCUACUGAGGGCCUAGUUCUCAGCCUUCUGCCUUCUCAUCCUGUGACAACUGAGGGUCCUAGCAGGCCAUGCAGCUAUGCCAAGGUGCCUCCAGCAUGGCAGCAGCCGAAGUACCCGGCUACCUUGUGUCUCCUCAGACGGAGAAGCACCGGCGGGCCCGCAACUGGACAGAUGCAGAGAUGCGUGGCCUCAUGCUGGUCUGGGAGGAGUUCUUCGAUGAGCUCAAGCAGACCAAGCGCAAUGCCAAGGUGUACGAGAAGAUGGCCAGCAAGCUCUUCGAGAUGACCGGGGAGCGCCGACUAGGCGAGGAGAUCAAGAUCAAAAUCACCAACAUGACCUUCCAGUACAGGAAAUUAAAAUGCAUGACAGAUAGCGAGUCCGUCCCGCCGGACUGGCCCUAUUACCUAGCCAUUGAUAGGAUUCUGGCCAAGGUCCCUGAGUCCUGUGAGGGCAAACUGCCGGAUGGCCAGCAGCCGGGGCCCUCCACGUCCCAGACCGAGGCGUCCCUGUCACCGUCUGCUAAGUCCACCCCUCUGUACUUACCGUAUACCCAGUGCUCCUAUGAAGGCCGCUUCGAGGACGAUCGCUCCGACAGCUCCUCCAGCUUACUGUCCCUUAAGUUCAGGUCAGAGGAACGUCCUGUGAAGAAGCGCAAGGUCCGGAGCUGUCACCUACAGAAAAAGAAGCUGCGGCUGCUGGAGGCCAUGCUAGAGGAACAGCGCCGGCUGAGCCGUGCCAUGGAGGAGACAUGCCGAGAGGUGCGCCGUGUGCUGGACCAGCAGAACAUCCUGCAGGUUCAGAGUCUGCAGCUUCAGGAGCGCAUGAUGAGCUUGCUGGAGAAGAUCAUCGCCAAGUCCAACGUCUAGGCCAUGGAGAGGAUGCCAGGUGCCACACAGUCCUGUCUGGAGGCCCACCCAGGCUCAGGGCCCUGCCCACCCGGCAGGAUUCCGGAAAGGGGACAGGCUUCAAUCUGGCCUCUGUGCUUCUCUGAAGGGCUUUCUAGGACCCCAGUGGCCCUAUGAGACCUUGGAGUCCCAGCUCCAGCAUUAAUGCCAGGGACCCCAGGGCAGCUGCUAGCAAGAAGAUCCCAGAAUCCACUCUCCAGUAUAAUCACUACCAUAAUACUUGAAACGGCUUUUGAUAUUAAACAUACUUUCCAUUGUU